UUCAUUUAUUUCUAAUUUUAUUAUAGCUAAAACAUGAGAUAGAACAAGUAAAUCUUCACUAAAAUUACAUGAAAACAAGUCAUGAAUGAUACAUGACAAAUCAAAAUUAGUACCCAUUCUCACCACGUCCCACCAAAGAUGUAAAAGUUACCCACAGGUCAGGUAAAAAUGUCCGAUCGAAAUGGUGUGAUUAGCAUUGAACAUCGUUGCUUUCUUUUCUCCUUCACAUCUCUCCCGUCUCCCACUUCCUUCACUCUUUCCCCAUUAGUACUCAUGGAAGAACCAACCUCCACCACCUCCUCCCUUCCGGCCGCCGGCGCCACCGACAAGGAAGGAAAAUCCGCCGAAUUCCACCCUUUCUCCAUCUCAACCCCGCAGAUCCGAGCCUUCCACCUCGCAUGGCUAUCCCUCUUCUCCAACUUCGUCUCCACCUUCUCCAUCCCCCCUCUCAUCCCCUUAAUCCGCGCCGACCUCGCUCUCUCCCCCUCCGACGUCUCCGCCGCCGCCACCGCCUCCUUCGCCGGCUCCAUCCUCUCCCGCUUCGCCAUGGGGCCCUUAUCCCACCUCCUCGGCCCAGCCACCGCUUCCGCCUCUUUAUCCUUCCUCACCGCGCCCGCCAUUCUCUCCGCCGCCUUCGUCUCCUCCCCGGCCUCCUUCCUCGUCGUCCGGCUCCUCGUCGGCCUCUCCCUCGGCAACUUCGUCGCGAAUCAGUAUUGGAUGACCUCCAUCUUCUCUCCCUCCGUCGUCGGCCUCGCCAACGGCGUCUCCGCCGGCUGGGCAAACACCGGCGCCGCCGCCGCCCAGUUCCUCAUGCCACAGAUCCACUCCCUUCUCUCCCUGAAACUCUCCUCCUCCGCCGCGUGGCGGCUCUCCUUCUUAAUCCCCGGAAUCUUCCAGCUCGUCAUGGCGGCGCUCGUCCUUGUCUACGGCCGUGACCGUGCAUUGACGACGGAAUCGGCAAAAUUGGAAACUGAAACGGGGACGUUUUGGGACGUUGUGGUGAGGGACGGGCUGGGGGAUUACAGAGGUUGGAUUUUGGGAUUGGCGUACGCGUGUUCUUUCGGUUCGGAGCUGACGACGGACAACGUGGUGGCGGGUUACUUCUACGAUCGGUUCGGGUUGGAUCUUCGGGCGGCGGGUACAAUCGCGGCGGCAUUUUCACUGACGAAUUUUUUCGCCCGGCCGAUGGGCGGAGUGGCGUCGGAUGCUAUGGGGAAGAGGUUUGGUGAGAGAGGGAGGGUUUGGGCCUUGUGGGCCGCGCUGACGGCGGCGGGAGGGAUUUGCUUUGAGCUGGGGAGGGCGGCGACGCUGUGGGGAUCGGUGGCGGUUAUGUGCGCGUUUUCCGUCGCGGUUCAGGCUGCCUCCGGGCUCGUGUUCGGCGUCGUGCCUUUCGUCUCCAAGAGGUCCAUGGGGGUGAUAGCAGGAAUGACCGGCAGCGGAGGGACGGUCGGCGCCGUGUUGACUCAACUCCUGCUGUUUUCCGGGUCCAGAUUCACGACACAAACCAGCAUUUCUCUCAUGGGGAUCGUGAUCGUCGUCUGUUCUCUCCCUGUCACCUUCAUCUACUUCCCUCCGACCAGCAAGUCAGACUCAAAAGCUGAUCAAGAUGUCGAUGGUGAUGAAGAUUACCGCCUGCUUCAAUCAAAUUAACGGCGAAAGCAUCAAUCCAUGAUGUUAAAAGCUAUGGAAGUAUCAACAGUCUUCUUAGCAAGAACAGAAUCAUGAUAAACUCAGGAAUGCAACAUGCUUGACCGCUAAAAGAAGGAAAGCUGUCUGUUAUUGUAUAAUGUUCUGGGAUUGAUUAAUGUAAAGAUGAAAUGGUUGCAGAUCGGAUAUAGAUUUCUAAUAUAUAGAGAGUGUUUACCUAAAUUCUGUGCCUUGUAAUUAGUAUAGUGCACUCUCCCAAAAACUUGAAAAUGCUUCUGUCGACAAUGGCAAAACCCACCAGCCUCCAAGGAUUCCCACCAGAGUGAACCUUCUGUCCCUUACUUCUACUGUGGCAAUACACAGGAACUUGUAGU